GGGUUACAAAAUUACAUAACCACAAUAAACAAAAGUCAGAUAUAAACUUAGCAACUACCAUUUACAUUCGAGAACAAUGAAUAUUUAAUCGUUUCAAUAUAUCACAUACCCUUAUGGAAUAUAAUAAAUGCCAAUUAGUAGCAGCGCAGCUACUGUCGAUAAGAAAAAAGCGUUCAGGCUACAGAGCAACAAAAGCGUCGAACAAAAUGAACGCCAGACCGAGAAAAACCUUUUGAAAAUAGGCCCGGCGCUGCCGGGGCGGGACAAGCGCCUGUUCUACGUCAGGUCCCACAGCACGUUGAAUGCGAGCACGGUCGCGAAAGUAAAUGAGACCCCGCUCUUUUGCGAGUCGGUCGUGCUGCGCACGCAGUCCGAUGGGCUUCUACACGUAUCACGAGUACAAGAAGAAAAAGAAACGCACCCCGAUAGGAUUAGCUUAGACCGGAGAGGUAUAACCACGAUACCGAUUAUCGAUGGGGAACCGAAACUCAGAUUACUAUCCAUGCAACACAAUUUAGUUAAUAGUUUAGAGUUGUUGAGCAGACAGUCGUUUCCAAGUUUAGUUUUUUUGGAUAUCUACGAUAACCAAAUAGAGCAAAUUCAAUAUUUAGAUAAACUGGUCAAUCUGAGAGUACUACUAAUGGGGAAAAACAGGAUAAAGAAAAUAGAAGGAUUGGAUGGGUUACUGAACAUAGAAGUCCUCGAUCUUCAUGGGAAUCAGAUAACCCAAGUGGGAGGUUUGUCGAAUUUGGCCGGUUUAAAGGUGCUUAAUUUAGCUGGAAAUCAGUUAAAAACCAUCGGCCUCAAAGACAUCCAAGGUUUACUCGCCCUGCAAGAGUUAAACUUGCGCCGAAACCGCCUCAAAAAGCUCCUCGGAUUCGCCGAAGUUCCCAAUCUAGUCAAACUAUUUCUCAGCAACAACGAUUUACAAACCAUAGAAGACAUAAGUAGCCUAGCCAAAUCGUCGAACAUUAAGGAAAUAACCAUAGACAAUAAUCCGGUGUUAUUGGGAGGAGACUGCAUAUCCUUUCUGGUGUCCUACUUACCGCUGUUGAACAAGCUCAAUUCCAUGCAGGUCACCGAGCAGGUGAAGAAAGCCGCGAUGGCCUGGAGGCGCAACAAAGAGAUCACCAACUCCACGUUCAUGGACCUCACCAACGACGUAUCGUUGAACUGCAAGCGCGAAGAGGUCAUAUCGAACGCCAGAACGAACUGGGAGUUCCUGCGCUCCCAGACCAAAUGCCUCGCCAACAACAACACCGUGGUGGAAAGGAGCUUGAAAAACCUCAAACCCGACCUGGAGUUCAUCAUGACGCCUCUCAGAAAAUCCGCCCCGACGAGCCACCCGAAAUCCGCCAACGUCAAGCUAAAAUCCUCCGGCAAAGUGCCGGCGUUGCCCGACAGGAAAUUCGGCCUCUUGCGCACCUCCUCGCAAGACACCGAGAACUCCUCGUCCAACAGCUCGGUCAACGAGUACUUCAAACUGCCUCCGAUUCUGGUACCGAUCGUGAAUCGCAUCGAUGACCGACCCGAAGGCAGCGUGAAGGCCUGCAGUCUUUCGAGCCUCGGCCCCAACGUCGACAGCUCCAUCAGCUCGAUAGCCAGCAGCAGCGAGAUCGAGACCACCUGCUCGUGCAUGUCGAAGGAGUCCGAUUCGGAUUCGGAUUCCGAGUGUCGAGUCGAAUUGGCUACCGAAGAGAUCAUGAAGAAGAUUUCAAUCGAGGACUCGACAGUGAAGUGUCCGGAGGUGGAUGAGUCUCGUAGUAAGAAUUGUGGCUCCACCGAUACAUCUAGUGCUCUUUCGCAUACUACUACAACGAAUUUAUCGAACCCCACUAGCGAAAUCGCCCCUAAAAUGGCGGUGAGGAACAUCAGAAGCGCCGUUCACGCUAAACCAGUGAACGCCAAAUGUAACGUUAGAGCAUCCACGGCUAAAAUCAAGAAACAAAGCUCACCGGCCCUUCCGAAAGAUAGAGAACAAGGAGGAGAUUACUUGAUAGAAAUCUGCGGCAGACAUCUGAACGUGUACGGGCAAGGAGCGUUGAGGUUCAUCGAUAAAAUUUGGAACGUGAACAAAGCCCACGAUGUCACUACGGUGAAAUUCAACUACGUGAACUUCAACAGCGUCAUCGGGGUGUUGGGGAAAGUGAAGCACCGGUUUCCGAACAUCGUGAAUUUCGUUUUCAAGGAGACGAACAUCGGCCAUUUGGGGCAAUUGAACGGGCUCUCGGAGACCCAGGGAUUCACGUCGCUCUACAUCGACGCCGAAGGGAAUUCCAUUUGCGAAAGGAAUUGGGAGAGUUACGCCGUUUACAGGCUGGCCCAUUGGGGAUUGAAGAUCAUCAACAACAGAGAGAUAACUGAAAAUGAUGUUAAAUUGGCGAAUGAGGAGUACCAGGGUUUGAGCGAUUUGGUGCUUUGGUCGCUGCCUGAUGUUAUAUUGCAGCCACUGUUGAUUCGCAUGAGGAUCGAGGUAAAUGAACAGGAUGUGAAGAAAUGGUUGCUUCAAGCGAAUCCGGAGUUGAGGAGUGUUAUAAGUAAGGAGGCGUUGCAAUGGAAGAAAACGUCUUUGUCUCAGGAAGAAAACGCGAUGCGUCAGAAAGCGAAGCAGCACAUUUCACGUUUACUAGACGAUACGUCCGAUGCUGUUAGCAAAUUGGUAAUGUUAGAGGAGCAAUGGUCGAGUAUAUUGCAAAAUUUCGUUGAAAGUACCCUAUCGGAUUAUUCACAACUAGAAUUAUAUAUGAAGCAAAAAAUGCAAGAGUUGAGUAAGUGAUACACACUGCCAUUAUUUAAAGUUAUGGAUUUUUUAACACUGUACGCA